AGCCCUGCCUUUGCUUCCAUCCAGCGAAUGGUGAAUGCUCCCAGACUAUUCUGGAAAUCGAGCAGUCUAUAGAAUCACUUCUCGACCAGCUGUGUUCACCUCAGGCUGCAGAAGUCCGGCAGAACGACAUGUCGACUUUACAGCAUGAGCAUCAAUCCUUAGGUCCCGAACGGAAGCGCAGAAGAGAGAGCGGCCUAAAUAUCUUACCUGAAGAGGGAACCGUUGGAUCUGCCCUGACCCUCCGUCAUCAAAGGACCAUUAGGGAAUUAGCAGACCAAGCGGAACGUGAACUCGGAUGGAACCAAUCGCUAGGGUUGCAAUAUUGGCAACAAGUUGCCACUCAAUUACAGAAGAGCGGAUACGACGCUAUGGAUCUGAGGAAGAACUAUCCAACCGCGUUCGUACAGCUUGCAAAGGCAGCGAAGAUCGUUCUUGAGAAGCUUCCCACUCAUCCAGAAUAUUCUGUGAAACUGACCGCCGAUGACCGUAGCGUCCUUGGAGAGAUGGGCACUGAAAUACUCGAUCGCCUUAGCGAAUGCAAAACGAAACUCUUGGACUCGGAAGGGUUUCAGUCCAUUAUACCUCCAGUUACGGCGCAGGAUGCCUACCAAGUAUCAGCCAAACCGGUGACUGGAAUGGGGAAUGUCACUUCACAAACGCAACCUCCCAAACGGGUCUCUAAACAGCCACCAUCUUCCUCUUCACUCACGAUCACUACGGCAGAGUCGCUAUUUGAUCCCGUGUGGAACUCGAUGGUACUUCCAUCAGGAUGUUCAAAUGAUGAUGUGGAACGGAUGCUUUCAGCUACUGGUGACGUCGCAGAAGCCUUGGUACAACUGAUACAAACCUCGCUUGAUAACGUGGAUGAAAACUCUCCACAUUAUUAUCACCGCAAACAAUUAAGACGCUACCUGGUCAGACUCUGCCGCACGUCUGGUCACCUACCCGCGAAUCUAUUCCUUGAAGACAUAGAGAAUGUUGGAACAGAGACUCUUGGACAUGGCGGCUACUCUGACAUAUUUCCGGCCAAGUGGCGUGGUCAGUUGGUGGCGUUGAAACGUUUGCGUAUUUUUAUCGCCUCACAGAGGGAGGGUCGCCAAAUCCAGGCAUUCUAUCGCGAAGCAAUUGUGUGGCGACAACUUCGACACCCAAACAUUCUUCCACUUCUUGGGGUUGAUUCUAAGACAUUUAGAUCUGGUCCUUGUAUGGUGUCACCAAUGUGUCCCAAGGGCAAUAUAUCAUCAGCGAUACGUAACUUGCCUCCGGAUACUGUUCCCCUUGAUUCAUGGAUCCUUGAAAUCACACAGGGUCUCGGAUAUCUUCAUGAGCAAGAGAUUGUCCAUGGAGAUGUAAGAGGGGGCAACAUCCUAAUUGAUGAUGAACUGCAUAUCAAACUGGCUGAUUUUGGACUAUCUACCUUUGCAGACUCUACGACAUUGACGUCAGGUUCUCACCCAGGAGGGACUGUCCGAUGGAUGCCGCCCGAACUCCUAAGAAAUGAUAUCUCCAGACCGAACUAUACAUCAGACGUCUACUCAUUCGGCUGUACAAUUAUAGAACUCUACACACAACAGAGGCCGUUUCCUAACAUUGCCCGAGAUGCUCAGGUGGUCCUCAAGGUAAUCCAAGGUGCUCGUCCUGAACGUCCGGCCGCAUCAUCACGGAGAACAAUGACGGAUAAGCUGUGGAUGCUUGUUCAAAGUUGCUGGCAUGACAUCCCAGCCAAUCGACCCAGCAUGGUUGACAUCGGGCGUUAACUGUCCGCUGCCGGGACUAGGACUACUAGUAGGCUGAAGGAAAUUCACUUGCCAAGUGAAUACAUCAAGGCGUUCACAUAUAUUACAAGGCUGAACACCGUGCAGAAGCUGGAGACCUGUGGCUUGCUGCUUGGCAAUGACCAGGGCAGUAAAUACGUUGUGACGACUCUGUUAAUACCCCGCCAAUAUCCUACCAUGGAUUCCUGUAUGCUGUAUGAGGAAAAUCUAGUUCUUAUGUCUAUACAGCAACGUGGUCUUAUUCCAUUGGGCUGGAUUCACACACACCCGGAUCAUCCAUGCAGGUCACAUAUCAAGGUGUUCUCGAUGUUUACUGAUUCAUAGAUAUAGACUUCAUGACCUCCAUGGAUCUCCAUUUCCAAGCAAGAUUACAGCGCAAUGUUCCAGAGUUCUUCGCUGUUGUGUGCGCGCCGGGUUCAGACCCAAGGUCAGUCAGCGCUUUAUAUCUUCAUCGUCCAUAGUCCUGAAUGAAGUAUUACAGCUUUGGUGUAUUCCGUUUGCUAGAGCCAGAAGGUAUACAAUGUAUACUGGCAUGUGAUGU